AUGUCGUUUCGCAAGCAAGUUACCCCAGUCUCUGCACAACUUGUCUCAUUUGAGACAGACAUCCCACCAGCGGUCAUCUUGAAACGCUUGGAUAACAAUCUGAAUCGCGAUGAGGCGAGCCAGUUAGUCCCUUUGCUACAGCAGGCGAAGACAAGGGAGGAAAUCGAGAAUGGGAUGCAAUGUCUUUUCAAGGAGUGUGGGUUCAUAUUCUUCUCCGCCAUCCCCCAACACAGGUGGAUGGCAAAAUAUCACAACAAGAAUUUCCCCGUCAUCGUGACUUACACGUUCGGUAACCCCAUCACCGCCCAAGGGAUCAUGCAGAUCGAUCCACGGGCUGCCGUCCACCUUCCUCCCAGACUGCUGGUGUUGGGGAAUGAAAACGACACCGGGACAAGCAUCCUUUAUUGCCUCCCCUCUUCAAUCAUGCAAAUAGAUCACGACAAGGGAUUGAAAGACGCUCUAGAAGGCCUCGAUGCGAAACUCGAGAAUUUCAUUGUGAAUUAUGUGCUAUGUGAUACAGAGGAUGGAGAGGAUUCGACGAGUCAAUCGCCGAGUUUGUAG